AUGGGUAUGAUCAACAACUGUGUGACUGUUGAGUCAGGAGUACAAGGCUGUUGCUGUAAUACUGAUGGUUGCCUAACCCCAAGAAAGUGUGUACCCACUCCAGUCUGCAAGUCGUUACCUCUACAUAACUCUUGCGCAUCACUGCCUGGAGAUCGUGCAGUGAAAGGAUGUUGCUGCGAUUACAAGAACAGCUGCAACGUCGAGCAAGCCAACAUCACAAACAUCAAUAUCCCAGUCCCAGCUCCAAGCAACGAAUUCCCUAUCUCUUGCUGGACCGGAAUCUACGUGAACGGAAAUGCCAUCACAAGUGCUGGAUUCCAAUCCUGCUAUGGAGAAUGCGCCAGUGUAACACUUCAAACUACCAUGAACAAUACACAAGCCAACGCCACAAUCUACAUGUGCGAUCCAACCUCUGUCUGUCGGGGACUCAAUAUGAGCAACACGUGCGCUACCGUAGAGACAGGACUUUCUGGAUGCUGCUGUAAUGAUGAUGCUUGCCUUACGCCAACCAGGACGCCUUGCAUGGGUAUGUGCUCUACUCUUAAUGGUAUCGUCAACGGCGACAAUAUUACCACCUUCCAA